CAGCCACACACACGUUUUCAGAGACUAGAGGACGAUUGCCUGACAUGUCGAAAACUCCCUUCUUCUCUUUAAAAUGAAGAUAAGACUUUUAAUUAUUCUGUGUUUAGUUGGAAGUGGCUUUGCGAAAAGACCUCCUGAUGUGGACUGUGUGGUGAUUGGUUUGAAAUAUGUUAAAUGCUUAUGGAAUACUUCAGAUGUCAAUUACACUUUUUACAGUAGAUUUCGUGAUCAAUCCUUUCGUGAAUGUGACACCUACAUACUCAAGAACGGCCUGAAUGUUGGAUGCAAACAGCCUGAAGACGACAUCUGGACAAAAAGAUUUAGCACAUAUUACACCAAAUUUCAACAAGACCAGAAUCCCAAAGAACAUCAACUCAAAAACAGAGUAAAAUUUGAUCCACCAUCCAACCUCACGGUCCAGUUCAGGUCUGACUCCAGCUUGUGCUUUGAGUGGAGGCUAAUCUACGAGUCAUGUGUUGAGAGCGAGGUCCGCUACAGACUCAACAACGACAACUGGCAGGUGUCCAUGGUGGGGCCAGGGCUUCAGGAAUACUGUUUUAACUUACCAUCAAACUCGUCCCGUUACGAGCUACAGGUGCGAAACCGCGUGAGCAACAAUUGUGGCCCUUCUAAAGAGUGGAGCGAAUGGAGUGAUCCGGUCAUCUGGGGCGCCCACAAACCAGACUUGACCGGGCUGCUCUACUCUGUGAAUGUGUGGACUGUGGUCAUGUACUUUGUUGGCGGGGCCACUCUACUCCUGCUGAUCGUUCUGUUGUUGCAUCAUGAAAGAAUCCGGAUCAUCCUAAUUCCAGUGGUUCCUAAACCGUCCCUGGUCACUCAAGACUUUAAGGAGUGGUUAGACAGCCCCAAAGGCCUAAAGGACGUUUUUAAGCCUAGCUACACAGAGCGCACCUGUUCUGUCCGGGAGUACUGCCCUGUACCUCCCUCUGACAGUGAGAGCUCAGACUCCUCCAUCGUUUCUGUCAGCACAGAUCAAACCGUCUGCUACAACCCCGUCCCAAAUCCAGAUCUCAACCACCCAGGACCCUCCUCCUCUAGCACUGAGUUUGUCCCACCAGAAGAGCAGCACAUCUCUGUUUAGGGGGUGACAGUUUACAAAAUCUGUGUCAGUUAUUGGGAAUCAGAUAUUGUGCAUUUUAAUUAACUCCCAAAACCAAAAUGAAUUUUGCCUAUAUGCACAUGCGCAAACUGUACGUGCAUUUCAUUUGGUUGAAAGAAAACCUUGCAGAGACCAUUAUCCAGUGACAGCUAUAAAAGGCCCCUAUUCUUACUCUUUCAAGUUUUUAGAAAUAUCUUUUGAUCUGUUUUUUUUUCACAUUAUUGCUCAAUAGUAUGCGUGUAAGCAGCCUACAGCACAGAAUGUUUUUGAAGA